AAGGCCUUAAUUGAAAAAAACAAAAUUCAAAGGAGAAAAAAAAAAUAUAGGGAGUAUUUGAAGAACUGGUAAUCAAUUCAAACAACCGCCUCGCUUUCCACAGUGCAUUGAUUUCGUCAUCUCUCCCAACACUUCUGAAAGCAUCUUCCCACCAACACGAUACAUCACAUUCUCUCUCUACGCUCAGAAAAUCCUCAAAAAGCCUAGGAGAGAAAGAGUGGUGGUAGGGAAGGAAAAAAAGCAGGAUAGAGAGAGAAAAAGUAGAAGAGAUUCUCUUAGUAGAGAGAAAGAAAGAAAAAGGGGGAGAAGCAUCAUUGCUUUCUUUCCUUGUUCAUCCCUUCAUUCAUGGGUUGCUCUGCUUCAAGACCCAAUACCCUUUUGCCCAGACCCUCAGAAGAAGCUUCGUUUUCUUCUUCUUCACAAGGUUCUUCUUCGUCUUCUUCUUCUUCCUUGCAGUCUUCAGCGCCAAUUUCAAGAACCCUUUCUCUUCCAACUCCUCUAGUGCAUCACCCGCCUCUCAAGAAAGGUGAUACUCAUCACCUUGUCUCUCUCACUUCCACCACCUAUGGUUCUCUUGUCCUCACGGACCCAAACCCUAAGUUAAACGGCCAGGAUUGUUCCGUCCGGUCCCCGCCACCGGCCCACAGCAAAACCCUAGGAGACUCAAUAGAGUUUUCGUCUCCAGACUCUGUUAUCAACACGUGGGAACUCAUGGACGGCCUUGACGACUUCGAUUUGGAUUCCGAUUCAUCAAUCUACAGUCAUGUAAUCGUCUCCCCGAAAAAGCCCGUUUCUCAUCGGUACUCAGAUUGUAAUGGGUCCGUGAAGAAGCUGUGUGAUUCAUUUGAAGUAGUGGAGUUUCAAGAUUUAGUGGAGGAUAAGACCUCGAAGCCGUUGUGGAAGCAUUUAUCUGAGGAAUCGUUGCUAGCGAAAAUGGACUCAAAUGUGGUUUCGAGUUAUAGGCGGGCACUGUCUUCAAGGCAAUUGGGGUAUAAUCAUCUCAAACCCAUCAGGUCUUUGGGGUCUAGUCCUUUGAAUUCUUCACUGUCAAAUAUUCGGUUCCAUUUACCAGGCGCAGAAGACAGAGUUGUGUUGUAUUUCACCAGUCUGAGAGGAAUUCGAAAGACGUAUGAAGAUUGUUGUGCCGUUCGAAUGAUCCUACGGGGCUUCAGGGUUAUGGUUGAUGAGAGAGACAUUUCAAUGGACUCCAACUAUAGAAAAGAAUUGCAGAAUGUAUUUGGAGGCAAAGUGGUGAGUUUGCCACAGGUGUUUAUUCGAGGGAAGUACAUCGGGGGAGCAGAAGAGAUUAAGCAACUUAAUGAGGUUGGAGAAUUGGGGAAGUAUUUGGAAGGAUUUCCAGUUAGAGAGACUGGGUUUGUUUGUGAGAGUUGUGGGGAUGCUAGAUUUGUACCAUGCCCAAAUUGUAAUGGCAGUAGAAAGAUUUUUGAGGAAGAAGAUGGACAGCAGAGAAGGUGCCCAGAAUGCAAUGAGAAUGGGUUGAUUCGGUGCCCCGGCUGCUGCUCAUGAAUGCCAAGGCCACCAGUGACAUGCAUAUUUUGGUAUUUGCCAUGAAUUUCUGAGAUAUGCUAUCAUCACUGCUAUGAAUCUCUGUUUGUUUAGGGUUUUGUAUGAAACUUUGUUUCUUUUGAUAUUUCUAUUUUGUUUUUAGCAGUUGGGUAUUCUUGUUCAUUGUCCCUUUGAACAGCAUUAAGAAAUAAAAAAGUAAAAAUUAAAAAAUUA